AUGACUCAUGGAGAAUCAAGUAAAGCCAAGCUGCUUCAGUCCAAGUUUGGGAUCUCACUCUUCUGUCUGUUCAGCUUCAUCAUGGAUGACACACAAACACCCCGAGAUGAAGAUUUUUAUCCAGGAUGCAGUUCAGUUCACCAGAAGAAAUCAGAAGCAGAGCCCAGCUGUGUGUCUAUGAGGAGUGACGACUCUAUGCUUCAACCAACUCUCAAGAGUGAGAGUGGAGAGAUCAGUAAUGAGCAUGAGGUGAGACAGAUUGAGACACAAUCCAGGAGAACAGCAACAGAGGACACAGCCAUCAAAUGCAAUGACAUCUUUAGACCUUUACCUGGACAAGACAAAGCCAUCAGAACUGUGCUGACAAAGGGAGUCGCUGGCAUUGGAAAAACAGUCUCUGUGCAGAAGUUCAUCCUGGACUGGGCUGAAGGGAAAGAGAAUCAGGACAUCCAGCUCAUAUUUCCUCUUCCUUUCAGAGAAAUCAACUUGAUGAAGAACAAAACACUCAGUCUUUCAGAUCUUCUUUAUGUCUUUUUCCCUGAAACUAAAGAAAUGGAAAUAAUCAGUGAUCAAUAUAAAGUGUUGUUCAUCUUUGAUGGUCUGGAUGAGUGUCGUCUGUCUCUGGAUUUUCAGAGCGAUGUGAGGUUGUGUGAUGUAAGUGAAUCAGCCUCAGUGGACGUGCUGCUGAUGAACCUCAUUGUGGGGAAUCUGCUUCCCUCUGCUCUCAUCUGGAUCACCUCCAGACCAGCAGCAGCUCAUCUCGUCCCCUCUGAGUGUGUCCAUCGAAUGACAGAGGUACGAGGCUUCAAUGAUUCACAGAAGGAGGAAUACUUCAGGAAGAGAAUCAGAGAUCAGAGUCUGGCCGACAGGAUCAUCUCACACCUGAAGUCAUCGAGGAGCCUCUACAUCAUGUGCCACAUCCCAGUGUUCUGCUGGAUCUCAGCCACUGUUCUAGAGAAGAUGUUGAAAAAAAUAUGGAAAGGAAAAAUUCCCAAGACUCUCACUCAAAUGUACACACAUUUCCUGAUCCUUCAGACCAAAAUCAAACGUGAGAAGGACUAUGAGAAGAAGGUGACAGAUGAAGACAUGAUUCUCAAACUGGGGAAAGUGGCUUUUCAGCAGCUUGUGAAAGGCAACCUGAUCUUCUAUGAGGAAGACCUGAGAGAGUGUGGCAUUGAUGUGACAGAAGCAUCAGUGUACUCAGGAUUGUGCACUCAGAUCUUCAGAGAGGAGUUUGGCUUGUAUCAGGGGAAAGUCUUCUGCUUUGUUCAUCUGAGCAUUCAGGAACAUCUAGCAGCUCUAUAUGUGCACCUCUCCUGGACAAACCACAACACAAAUGUGUUUGAGCCAAUCACCAAACAGAGUUCACAAUCUAAAGUUAAAGACCGGUUUCAACUCAUGUUUAAAAAUGUUUCAUUAUCUGAGCUGCAUCAGAGAGCUGUGGAUGAGGCUCUACAGAGUAAAAAUGGAUAUCUGGAUCUUGUCCUGCGGUUCCUUCUGGGUUUGUCAGUGGAGUCUCAUCAGAUUCUUCUACAACGAAUAUUGACACUAAAUAGAAGCAGAACUGACAGCAAUGAGAAAACACUUGAAUACAUCAAGAAGAAGAUCAGGACCAUUGACUCUCCAGAGAAAUCCAUCAAUCUGUUUCAUUGUCUGAAUGAACUGGGUGAUCGUUCACUAGUGGAGAAAAUACAACAGUAUCUGAAAUCUGGAAGAAUAAAGGAAGCCAAUCUCUCUUCAUCUCAGUGGUCAGCUGUAGUUUUUGUAUUGUUGACAUCAGAAGAAGAACUGAAUGAGUUUCGUCUUGAUAAAUUUGUCAAUGGAAUGAACAAACAUGAAAAUAUGAAAGUUCUUCAGAAGUUGCUGCCUGUGAUUAAAGAAUCCAGAUCAGUUCAGUUGAGUGAUUGUGGUGUCACAGAUGAAGGUUGUGCUGCUCUGACUUCAGCUCUGAGAUCAAACCCCUCACACCUGACACAACUGGAUCUGUCUGAGAAUGAACUAGGAGAUUCAGUGAAGCUGCUUUCUGAUGUACUACAGAAUCCUCACUGUAAACUGGAGAAACUGUGGUUGAGUUAUUGUGGUGUCACAGAUGAAGGUUGUGCUGCUCUGACUUCAGCUCUGAGAUCAAACCCCUCACACCUGACAGAACUGAAUCUGUCCUACAAUAAACUAGGAGAUUCAAUGAAGCUGCUUUCUGAUGUACUACAGAAUCCACACUGUAAACUGGAGAAACUGGGGUUGAGUGAUUGUGGUGUCACAGAUGAAGGUUGUGCUGCUCUGACUUCAGCUCUGAGAUCAAACCCCUCACACCUGACACAACUGAAUCUGUCUGGGAAUAAACUAGGAGAUUCAGUGAAGCUGCUUUCUGAUCCACUGGAGGAUCCUCACUGUAAACUGGAGAAACUGUGGUUGAAUAAUUGUGGUGUCACAGAUGAAGGUUGUGCUGCUCUAAUUUCAGCUCUGAGAUCAAACCCCUCACACCUGAGAGAACUGAAUAUGUCUGAGAAUGAACUAGGAGAUUCAGUGAAGCUGCUUUCUAAAGUACUGGAGGACCCUUGCUGUAAACUGGAGACACUGUGGUUGAGUAACUGUGGUGUCACAGAUGGAGGUUGUGCUGCUCUGACUUCAGCUCUGAGAUCAAACCCCUCAUACCUGACACAACUGAAUCUGUCCUACAAUAACCUAGGAGAUUCAUUGAAGCUGCUUUCUGAUGUACUACAGAAUCCUCACUGUAAACUGGAGACACUGAGGUUGUAUAAGUGUGGUGUCACAGAUGAAGGUUGUGCUGCUCUGGCUUCAGCUCUGAGAUCAAACCCCUCACACCUGACAGAACUGAAUCUGUCUGGGAAUAAACUAGGAAAAUCAUGAUCUGAAAGAUCAUCCACAUUAUAAACUGAAGAGAUUAUACUAUUGACUCUCAGUAUUGAGACGUCAGGCCAGUUUCCUCAGGAUCAGCUGAUGGUGAAUAAGGAGCCGCUACAGAGACGUCACAGUCACACAAUCAACAGAGACUGAACACACAGAGACACACAGCAUCACACUGUCUCGUGUGUGUGUGACGUCACAUCACUUUCUCCUUUUAUACCGACCCAUGAAAAUAAGUGACUGACACAUGAAGAGAAUGAGCUCACUAUUGCAGAAGUGUAUGGUUUAUCAAUGUUCUUCAAGCAUGUUCAUUCUGCAAGUGAACAGCGCAUUAUUGUGCCACACCAAAGAGGCACAAAAUCACUUUCAGAUUUUUACCUUAAAUGUUCCCUCCUGAUGGAAUGAGUCCUCUCUUCCAUCUUUAUUUGACCCUCUAACUGUAGCACUUUUUAUUCAUUUUUUUUUAUCAAUUUAAAUUAGCUUCUCUUUUCUCUAUAUGUUCUGUCUUUUCUGUUUCCUUUUUAUUUAACAAUAGAUUAAAACAAACCUUGUUUGUAUCCACCUUAUUGUAACCUAUGAGCAAGUAAGACCAUGGGUGAAACUUCCAGUUUAUUAGCCACUAUAGGAAAAUAAUGUGCAGUAAAUGGUCAAACUAUUUGCACUACAAACCAGUGUGCUCAUAAAUAAGAGAAUACAUUAAAAUAAUAUGGUAAGACACACCAAUCAAGCAGCAAAAUGAGCUGUUUUGUGCAUCUAACAAUAGCUGGAUGCUUAUGAUACGGAAGCCUGACCCUUAAAAUUUAAAU